GCAUGGGCACUGCGCAGCGUCACAGAACACUUUACGUAAUGUUUGUGUUUAAACUGUGUUUCCUUUUAAACAUUAAGGUGUUGUGGUUGUGAAGCAAGACUUGGAUUAUCCUUUGUGAUUUUUCUACACUCCUGAUUUCUUCUUACUCCGCGACUGGACCUGACUCUUACACCGACUCUACAGCAGUGAUGAUGAACUUCGGAGGAGGAGCCGCGCUUCAGCAGCACCAGGAUGUGGAGCCCGAGCCCGGAUGGAGCGGACUGGACGACCCCUGGAACGGGACACAGAGGGAGACGUUUGUGUUUCCACAGGAUGAGGACGAUGACAACUGGCCUGUGCUAUGCCUCUCUCCUGUUUGGAUGCCAACACCUGUGGGGAGCCCAUCCCCACCUAUGAGAGGCCUCUCUCCUUUAUGUACCCCACCACCUGUGAGGAGCCCAUCCCCACCUAGGAGAGGCCUCUCUCCUUUAUGUACCCCACCACCUGUGAGGAGCCCAUCCCCACCUAGGAGAGGCCUCUCUCCUUUAUGUACCCCACCACCUGUGAGGAGCCCAUCCCCACCUAGGAGAGGCCUCUCUCCUUUAUGUACCCCACCACCUGUGAGGAGCCCAUCCCCACCUAUGAGAGGCCUCUCUCCUUUAUGUACCCCACCACCUGUGAGGAGCCCAUCCCCACCUAGGAGAGGCCUCUCCCCUUUAUGCACCCCACCACCUGUGAGGAGCCAAUCCCCACCUAGGAGAGGUCUCUCUCCUUUAUGGACCCCACCACUUGUGAGGAUCCCAUCCCCACCUAUGAGAGGUUUCUCUCCUUUAUGGACCCAACCACUUGUGAGGAUCCCUUCCCCACCUAUGAGAGGUCUCUCCCCUUUAUUGACCCCACCACCUGUGAGGAGCCCAUCCCCACCUAUGAGAGGCCUCUCUCCUGUAUUGAUCCCACCACCUGUGGAGAGCCUCUCUUCUGUAUGGAUCCCACCACCUGUAUGGAUCCCACCACCUGUGGGGAGCCCAUCCACACGUAUUAGAGACCUCUCUCCUGUAUGGAUCCCACCACCUGUAUGGAUCCCACCACCUGUGGGGAGCCCAUCCACACAUAUUAGAGGUGUCUCUCCUGUAUGGACCCCACCACCUGCUAUGAGCGCAUCCACACCUAUGAGAGGCCUCUCUCCUGUAUGGAUCCCACCACCUGUAUGGAUCCCACCACCUGUGGGGAGCCCAUCCCCACCUAUGAGAGGCCUCCCUCCAGUUUGGAUCCCACCACCUGUCCCACGCCAGGGCAUAAGGAGGAGGAGGGACGAAGAGGAUGGCAGUCAAGAAGCCCCUCCGAGUAGACGGCAGCAUGUGGAUCAGGAUGGGUAGCUGGAUUUCAUCAGGAGGAUCGUCCAUCACCUCUUAUCCAUGAUGUGUGGUAAGUAUGUGUGGUAAGUAUUUCAUCCCUAGAUUAAAGCAUUAGUCUUUUUUAAUAAAUAUGUAAUCCUUUUUAAACAUGUGGGGGGUGAGAAUCUGCUUGAUACCUUCUUGUCUGUUGUGUUGAAAAAAAAAAAAAAAACAUUUUGGAGCUAACUAUGUAACCUGUUCCCAAAAUUUUCAGUAGACCCAAGAGCCCAGUGUUCAUGCUCAGGCCUCUUCUGUAGUUUUUUUAAGAACAGCUCUUACGAGCUCAUAGCCCAUAGUUCAUAGCUAUAUCAUUCGGUCACUUCAUGAAUCUCGGUGUGAUUGCGCAGGCAUCCAGAGGAUUCUUACCACCGUCUCUAGCGUAAUCUCUAAAUGUAAAUCAUUUUAAUGAUAGAAUUGUGGUAAGAUUAAAGUAGUUAUGGCAUUUAGUUAAAAAUGUGAGUCUGUUUUCUUGUAUAUUUUGCAUUUGCAUUUAGUUUGUGUUAAAUGUAUAGGAUUUUUAUAAUAUUAAUGUUGUUACUUAUGUAUAUUAGCCUAAUUUAUAUUAAUAAAUAAAUAUAAUUUGUAUUGUUGUAGA